AUUUACAAAUUGUUGCUUAUUUCAUGACUUUUGUCAAUUUUGUAGGUAAGUAAAGAUUUAAUUUUUAAAAUCCGAAAAUGCUUUCUAGGCAAUUAGCAUCUUAAUGGCGACUUUGGCAACCAAACAUUUUUUCUUUGAUUGUCAAUUUCAUUUAGAGGAUUAUUACAUUAUGGUGUUUGGUUUUGUGACAAUAUCUACUGCAAUUAUGUUAUUGUUUGGUACCCUUAAGUCUAUGCCAAUCUGGAUUUAUUUAUAUUUAGUGGUAGAUUCCACUUGUCUCUUUUUUAUGACUGUUGUUAUGUUGGUUCUGUGGCCACCGUCACUGGGUUUUUUUGCUGUUUUUUGGUGUGGACAAAGUCUUGUGUACAGUUUUUACAAGUAUGUGAUUGAUUCUAAAGAUAGCAAUACAUAUAUGAUGGUCGAAAAUGUUACCAUAAUCUGACUAGGGUAACUUACCUCCAAGAGAAUCAGCUGAGAUGGCUCCUACUUCUAAUUUUAAUAAUACAAAAAUAAUAAAAACUGACUGUUUUGCGUUUAUUUACUAAAUUUUAUUUUUAAAUUAAAUUAAUUCUGGAGACAGAAAAAUGAGGAACUGAAGUUUUCUGACCGAUUCGGCGUGUAAUACGAAAUCUAAUUUAUGGCCAAGGUUGUUCAAAAAUAGCUUGUCAGCAACAGCAUCGCGACUCAGUUUUACUAUGAUUCCUGUUGUGUUUCACCCACGCCCGUUUUGUGCAAAUUGGGACGGGACCAGACUCACAAAAAUACUUCCAAAGCAUGUGUUUAAAAAUAAAUAACUCUUGACAGAUUAAAAAUUCAGUGUAAACAAUGUCGGCUUCUUGUAGUUGCUUGAAGUUGUGUUCAGUUGUGGUUGCUUUAUCGAACCUUAUCUUGGGGUUGUACAUUUUGGUCGAAGGAAGCUUAUUAUUAUCGAAAUAUUUAAACAACGAUGCCGACGUGACGGUAGGUUUCGUCGUGGUAGAUUUCCAAAUGGCCUCGUUUCUUAUUUUUGUUGGACUGUUAUUAUUAAUAGGUAUAAUAAAGGGAAGAGAAAAACACAUUUCGUUGUAUCUCUUGUUGAGUUCUUUGAUUUGGUUUAUUAUAACAAUGUUGGCGGUUAGUUAUAUGAUUUUUUAUAACACAACAGGGAUGACUGCCUCUGUUGAAAUACUUCACAGUAUGGAAAACAGCUACACGACGGCAACACCAAAACCAAAAGAAACUGUUCCGAUGGAAAAAGCUGUGGGUUUUUCGCUUGGAUUGAUUGCGAUUUGGUGUGGGCAGUUGGGAGUUUAUAAAUUUCACGAUCAAGUUAUUGAAAAAAAUGUGAUCAAUGCGGGCCAAAGCUACGUCAGUUCUGCCAUUUACAGCAGCUGAGAGGAGACCAACUUUGGGGUAUUCUCCAAUUUGGAUUCAUUUUUGUUUUAAAAACUUAUUAACAAAAGUUUAAGUUUUCUGUCUAACUUAGGUGAAGGAAAAAAAAACAAGAGGAUUUUUCUUGUUGUACUAAAACACUUUUAUCUGCAAACGUCACAAAAAUGACCACUUUUAUGACUAAUAAAUGUCACAAGUAAAAGUUUUACCUCUCAGCCAUGGAAUAAAAAUUUCAUUUUUGCGCCUAAGCGUUUUUACUUUUACCAUGACAUUACUGACAUUUACCAUUGUUGUUUCUGUUUUGUCUUUUUUGCUGCUUCAGCACUUUCUGGAGAGGUACAUUGUAGAUUAUCAGCAUUCGAUAUUUUCCACUACUGACUGCACUAGUCAUCCACUAGUUAAAUUAAUAAACACUUAACGAUACUGAUGCGUGAUGUUUGGAUGUUUAUUUAUAAGCGUUAUGAUUUCAUUACUUGUCAAAGUAUCCUGAUUAUUUUGUUCAUUUACUUCCCAAUUAUAGUUGCUCUUUACUCUCGCGAAUAACAUAGUAUAUGUUAUUUGCAGUAAAAGUGUCCAGCUGAAUUAUUCGCCUCACUAUGUUUGGAAAAAUAAAUCCAUCGGCAUCGCCACAUAAACUAUCACUUUUACUCUUAAUAACAUAAUAUACUAUUACAGUUAGUUUAUUACAGUUUUUUAACGGUAUAUCUGAAUUUUCAAAUAUCUUAAAAAUAUUUGAAAAAAAAAAAACAAGAACAUGCAUAAAUUUUUCUGCUAAAUAAUUAAUAAAAAGUUCAAUUUAGUCCUGGAUAUGUUAGAGUAUAUUUUUUCUUGUCCUUAUUAUCUGAGAUAAAUCAAUAUAUUAAAUAAGAAAAGCGUCGCCUAACAUCUCAUAUUUUUUAUUAUUAAAGAUCUGUUGAAUUUAAUGUCUUAUUUUACUUCAACUUUUGUCGUCAUUGCUAGCAGAAGCUUAUUUUAAUGUUAAAUUGUUUUUUUUUAAUGAAAUCGUAAAAUGUAUUUUUUAGAUUCUGAACUUCUGAUAAAAAUUUAUUGAAUAAAUAAAAUAUACUACGUGUUGAUGAUUUAUGCAAGAAAGAU